GCUGCACAGAGAGGAAGCUUGCGGACGGUACCCGGAAGCGCCUUUUGUUGCCGAAGACAAUCUCAGAGCUCUGCUGCUGUCAUAUUGUGAGCUUCCUAUACAGACGUCCUGCUCUAUUGUAUCUCACAGCGCACAGGUGACAAUGGAAGACCGGUGGCAAGACUGCAUGGAUUCUGCUGUUACAAUAGCAAGACAGGCAGGCUCAGUGGUGUGUGCAGCACUAAAGGAAGAUGUUUCCGUAAUGGUUAAAAGCUCCCCGGCAGAUCUGGUGACAGCUACAGAUCAAAAAGUAGAAGAAAUGAUUAUCUCAUCCAUUAAGGAAAAAUAUCCAUCACACAGUUUUAUAGGUGAGGAGUCAGUAGCCGCAGGAGCUGGAAGCACGCUUACUGAUAAUCCAACCUGGAUCAUCGAUCCCAUAGAUGGGACAACAAACUUUGUACACAGGUUUCCAUUUGUGGCUGUGUCUAUUGGAUUUGCUGUGAACAAGCAGGUUGAAUUUGGAGUUGUUUACAGCUGUGUAGAAGACAAAAUGUACACUGGCAGAAAGGGAAAAGGGGCAUUCUGUAAUGGUCAAAAAUUACAAGUCUCAGGACAGAAAGAUAUUACCAAAUCCAUGAUAAUAACGGAACUAGGGUCAAAUCGCAAUCCUGAGGUUAUUAAAACUGUGCUGUCUAACAUGGAGAGACUGCUGUGUAUUCCCAUCCACGGGAUUCGAGCAGUUGGUACAGCAGCAGUAAAUAUGUGUCUGGUGGCCACUGGAGGUGCAGAUGCUUAUUAUGAGAUGGGUAUCCACUGCUGGGAUAUGGCAGCUGCAUCUGUCAUCAUUACAGAAGCAGGUGGAGCGAUCCUGGAUGCAACAGGAGGACCAUUUGACCUGAUGUCCUGCAGGAUAAUAGCAGCGAGCAGCAGAGAAAUAGCUGAGCGAAUAGCUAAAGAGCUACAGAUUAUACCCCUGGAACGGGAUGAUGGCAAAAACACUGAUUAAAAUUCCAAUUUUAGCUAGAGGGGGUUUUACGCAUUAUUUGUAUAAGAAUCUAUGGAUAUUUAUGGAAUUGUGUACAUAUGUUUAUGUAUUAUCUUUAGGGAUGCACCGAAUCCACUAUUUUGGAUUUGGCCAAACCCCCGAAUCCUUUGCGAAAAUUCAGCCAAAUGCAGAAUCUGAAUUUGAAUAUGCAAAUUAGGGGUGGGAAGGGGAAACAUUUUUUUACUUCCUUGUUUUGUGACAAAAAGUCACGCGAUUUCCCUCCCCUAAUUUGCAUAUCCAAAUUACGAUUCAGUUCGGCCGAACAGAAGGAUUGGUCAAAUCCUGCUGAAAAAGGCCGAAUCCCGAACCAAAUCCUGGAUUCGGUACAUCCCUAAUUAUCUUCUGCAAUGUGUUUUUAUUUUCAUGCAACAACAAACAUUUUGAGCAAACCAUGUCAAAUUUUUUAUCUUAUAUUUAAUUCUUACUCUUUAUUUUACUAGUCAUUUUCUCUAUUUUGUGCUUCCUGUCAUAGAACCUACAAAGCUGGAAUAAAAGUACCAUAGUGCUGACGACAU